AUGCCCCCCGUGAAGUUGCCCCCGGCCCCCGCCGGCUCCUGCUCCGGGGGUGUGGUGGCCUCCGCCGCAGCCUCUCGCAGCAAGCCUGCCGCCGUGCCGUUCACCACCGGCAAGAGGGAAUCAGGGGAGCCUGGCGAGGAUUGGGGUGAUGGCACGGAGUUUGGUGCAAGUGAAGAUGCAGGCAACGGAGAUUUGGAUGAGCUGAACCUUGUGGAUGAUGGAACUGGGAAGAGAGGGGGGGAGGGGUGUGGAGUCCGGACGGGAUUUGGUGGCGGACCCGCCCCGCCCCCCACCGGCCUGGUUUCCGCUUCCGCCCCUCAGCCUCUCUCUCACUCACACGCUCGGCCGAGAGCGCGCGGCGGCGACAGCGGCAGCUACAGCCAUAGCUACAGCCUCAGCCAUAGCCACAGCCAUAGCCACAGCUACAGUAUGGACACCGACUCCAUGUCAGACACCGACAGCCAGUCAGACACCGAGCUUCAAGAGGCAUUCGCAAAGGGUUUACUCAAGCCUGGUUUAAAUGUUGUGCUGGAAGCAAAGAAAAAAUGUCCAAAUGAUGUGGAGGGAAUGGCGAGGUGCUUAGCAAACUUCAAGAAAGACCUGCCGUGGGUGGAGAGGCUGGACAUGACUAAUGGCCCAGCUGCAGACAUUGUAGCAAAAGCUGAAGGAAAGUCCACAGAAGCGGAAAACUCAGAGAUCAACGUAGAAGAUGACUUUCAGCGCGAGAUGUAUUUUUACCGCCAGGCACAAGCGACUGUGUUGAAGGCAUUGCCUAAACUACAUAGUCUGAAAGUUGCAACACAAAGACCAGAAGACUACUUUGCAGAGAUGGCAAAAUCCGACCAGCAAAUGCACAAGGUUAGACAAAAGCUAAUGGUAAAGCAGAUUGCCAUGGAAAAAUCUGAAAAGGCUAAACAGCUCCGAGCAUUGAGAAAAUAUGGCAAGAAGGUGCAAGUGGAAGUUAUUCAGAAGCGACAGAAAGAAAAGAAAGCAAUGCUGACAGCUGUAAAGAAGUACCAGAAAGGGCUUUCUGACAAAUUGGAUUUCCUGGAGGGUGACAGGGCUCCCUCCAAAGGGCAGAAAGAAGCUGGCGGUGGAGGAUCUGGAGGUGGAGGUGGGCAACACAAGAAGAAAGGAAUAAACGCUAAGAGGAAACACAAAAACGAAAAGUUUGGCUUUGGCGGAAAGAAGCGAGGCUUAAAGUGGAACACCAAAGACAGUUACGAUGACGUCUCCAGCUUCAGGUCCAAAGUUGCUCAUUCCAAAAACAAGAAUUUUGGAAAAGGGGGAAAGGGAAAGAUUAAUGCAAAUAAGCGUCCUGGUAAAAGGAAUCGGCAGAAGAUGAAAAACCGAAGCCGAUCGUGAUGAGAACAGAUAGCAAUCUUGUGUUUCCCACAGUGUGGGGUUUAAUGGACCUGCCGGUGCCUCUAUUGGAUUUUGUACCUGAACAAAAUUGCAUCCUCUUUAUCUGGUUCAAGCCGAAUAUUGCCUGAAGAAAACAACCACGAAUUGUUUAAUAAUUAUAAAGCUUUGACAUUC